AUGGUCAACCUGAGGGUGCUCAAGACCAACAGGGCCGGGAGCAUCAUGCGCCCCAGUGGGUCUAAGGCCCUAGGCAACUCAGCCUUUGUCUCGCAAGAGAUUGCGCGUUCUCUUGGCUUCCUAGCAGGACCAGCUGCAGCAGCCGGAGAGGACAAGGUGGACGAGGUGAGCGCGCAGCUGGCGAAGGCUAGCGAACACAACUCGCUCACAACUGGUGCGAGUUUUAUUCAGAGGAUGCGUUCGGGGCGGGUUGGUACGUCGCUGAUGCUAUUGACGCUCUGCUACGCAACGUCGGCGAGCGGGAACAACUGCGUUUACUCGAUAGAGAAGGAAAGCUCCAGAUCCGCGGCAGAUCAGAAGGGCUUUGAGUCCACAGCGCGCUCGUGUUUCAAGAAGUGUCGUUUGCAGGCUGCUUCCAACGGAAUCUCGGAGGUCGCGACUUGGUCGUUCGGACUCGCGCUGCUCGUUUCGAUCACGGCAUCCGUCGCCAGUUCAAUGGCUCUGAAGAGCUCCUUCAAGUAUGAGAACACGAUCGACCACCUCUCGACGGAGUUUACGGAGAAGUCUGCGAGAGAAGACGAGUUUCUUAACCUUCACGGUCUGGUGCGUCUUCACUUGCCUCAGGAGAAGCUAAAAGCAGGCCGCUUAUACGUGAUCAGCCCCAGUCAGGCAGAUCUGGCAGGAGUCGAACAAGACUUGAUGCAGCUGCGCAUCAAGAUCUUGAAGAAUGUCGACUUCGGUGAUCGCUCCUUUGGAGAUGGUGACGGAGACAAUCCUGGUGGCGGAGGCCCCCCUGCUGGUGAGCAGCGCGGCGAUCAAGCCGCAGAGGACUACUUCUCUGGUCCCCACAGCCCAUUCGAUCCAGGGUUCCCUGGCGGUGAAGACCCUGCGAGCGAGGCAGCAGCAGGCGCCGCCGCGCAUGGACCCGAGAAGUUCGCUGCGAAGGUCAGGUUCUUCGACGAGCGCGCAAGGGAUGAGAGGGAGAUGCGCGCUGCCCAGGAGACGAGGUCAGAGCCAGGCAGGGAUGCCGACAAGAAGGACGCAAAGGCGGGGGACAAGGCAGCUCCUUCUGGCGGCGGCGAUGGAAGCGCUGAUCCUGCUGGAGGAGGCGACGACUACCCGAAAGUCUACUACAAGAAUGUAUCUGGCCGCUUCAGUGACCAUCUGGUUGUUCAGAUACUGGCCAGUGAUCGAACGGUUUUCCAGAUGGACACCAAUCGCUUCAAGCUCACGAGCGUGUCAGAGUACCUCUUCUCGGCCAUCGCAGGCGCCAAGGUGGAGCUGCUGGAUGCCGCAGGAGCCGAGGCGGUGCCCACGGCCCGCCGGGCCGAGGCCGAGGCCGAGGCAGAGGCGCCGGAGGAUGCCGCCCAGGCCGAGGUGGAGGCGCCAGAGGCCACAGCGACGGCGGCCGGCGAGGCCGACAAGGCACGGGCAGAAGUGCCGGAGGCCAGGGCAGCGCCCGUGGCCGACGCGGCGCCCGAAGCCGAGGAGGCCGACGCUGCAGCUGCCGCCGGAGAGGCCGACGGAGAGGCGUCAGAGGACGAGGCGGCACCUGCGGCCGACGAUGCUCGGGAGGCCGACGAGGCGCCGCAGCCCGAGGAUGCGCGCGCAGCAGGCGAGGCCGAAGUGAAGGCGCCGAAGCCCUCCGCUGCUCAGGCGGUGGUCGCGGCCGACGAGGCCGAGGCGGCGGCGUCUGCAGCCGACGAGGCUGGGGCUGAGGUGCCCGAGACCGAGGCUGCGGUACCUGUGGUCGGCGAUGCGCAUGAGGCCGACGAGGCGCCACAGACUCAGGCGGCGGCCGAAGCAGGAAACGCCGCAGUGGCGGAGGCGCCCAAGACAGCGGCAGCCGAGGCGGCGGCCGCGGCAGUGGAGGCUGAGGCGGCCGAGUCGGCUGGCGAAGCCAGGGAGGAGGUGCCAGAGUCCAAAGCUGCGCCGGGGGCCGGUGAAGCACAGGACGCCGGACAUGUGCCCGAGGUCGGUGAGGCCGAGGCUGCAGCUGCAACCAACGUGGCCGAGGCAGAGGCGCCAGAGGCUGAGGCGGCACCCACGGCAGACGAGGCGCGGGAAGCCGACGAGGUGUCACAGGCCGAGGUGGCGGCCGCAGCCGGCCAAGCCGAGGUGGAGGCGCCAGAGGCCAGAGUGACCGCGCCCGACGAGGCCGACGCGGCGGUUGCUGCCGACGAGGCAGAGGCAGAAGCGCCAGGGGCCGCGGCAGCACUCCCGGCCGACGCGGAGCCCGAGUCCGAUGAAGCCGAGGGUGCAGACGCAACCGAAGAAGCCGAGGCAGAGGCGCCUCAGCCCGUGGCAGCACAGGCAGCCGACGAGGCGACAGAGGCCAGUGAAGCCAAGGGUGCAGCUGCUGCCGAAGCAGAAACGCCGCAGGCCGAGGCAGCACUGGCGGCCGACGUGGCGCCCGAGGCCGACGAGGCGCCACAGGUCGUAGAGGAUGCGGCCGCCUCAGCCGACCAAGCAGAGUUGGAGAAACAGGCGACCGCGACAUCCGGCACGGUGGCCGCGACCGACCAGGCCGAAUCGGGACCUGUGGCCAAGGAGGCGUUGGAGGCCGACGCGGCGCCAGAGGCCGAGGUGACGGCAGCUGCGGGCGAGGCCGACGUGGCGCUACAGGCCGCAACGGCCGAGGUGGCAGCCACGGCCGAGCAGUCCGAGGCCGAGGCUGCAGCCGACGAGGCCAGCGCGGAGGCACUUGAGGCCGAGGCGCCACGGACGGCCGACGAGGCACAGAAGGCGGGCGAGGCGCGGGAGGCCGAGGCGGCGGCCAGAGCCGACGGCGCCGAGGCGGAAGCGCCGAAGGCUGCGGCGGCAGAGGCGGCGGCCACGGCCGAGGAGGCCGAGGCUGCGGCUGGAGCCGACGAGGCGGGGGCGGCUGCGCCGGAGGCCGAGGCAAUGCCCGCGGUCGACGAGGCGCAGAAGGCCGGGGCGGAGUCGUCAGAAGAUGCUGGGGAGGCAGAGGUGGUGGGGCUGGAG